ACAAACUCCAAACUACACCAGUAUUCAUAAGCCCAAGCCGUCUGUCGUUGCUACAGUUCCCUCCCAAAAGCCAUGUCAGCCUAAAAUCACAGGCACCAACAACCACCCAAAUUUCCCACCUCCCCAUCCUCACCACCACCUCCCACCAAAACUACAACCACCACACUCGCCCGGCGACAUACGAAACCCUCCUCUCUCAUCCCCACCAACCCAACAAUGCUCCCGCGCCUCCUCCUCUCCGCACGCGUUGCGCUGCGCCCAUCACUCAGCAAAUGCGUAGCUCCCACACGAGCGCUUUCUUCCGUAGCAUUGGCGAAGACAGCGGCUGCGACGACGAGGCCUACUGCUGUAGCUGUGGCGAUGAAGGGGGUGGAUAUGGCUGUUGUGACGGAGCAGGUUAGGGGAAUGAAGGUUAGGAGUUCGGUGAAGAAGCUUUGUGAGGGGUGUAAGUCCGUUAGGAGGAAGGGAGGCAAGAAAGGGAAGGGACAUGUGUAUAUCAUCUGCUCGGUGAACCCGAAGCAUAAGCAGCGCCAGGGAUGAGUUGGGGUGGAGGAUUGGGUGUUGGAUACUGUUAUUGAGGAGGCGGGACGGGCAAUUGGUGGACGACAUGCGUAUUGGUCCUGUCGGGGGGGGGGGGUAAUGAAGGCUUUGGAGGGGGAGAAAGGGUUGUAAGACAUACAGAUGUGAAGGAGGCAUAGCAUUUAUGGCGUUUUGGGGUGGGAUAGACAAGUGGACGGACUGGGGAAGUGUAUGAUAUAUUACAAUAUGUACAAAACCGCUCUAUACACUAUGGGUUCUCUUCCUUGAAGCCUAUUUCGCCUGACUCCGUGUCCAGAAUAUCCACCCGCUCUCCUGCAACUCCAUGGCUAUUGCGCCUGGCGGCGGAUUGUUGCUUCGUAUGGGCCUAGGUUUAACGAGAGCUCAUAACCCGUCGACAUAUCGCUCCGUGGCACCCCAUUGUGAUUUCCCCGUUGAUAUGAGGUAUUUGAUCUGUGACUGUUCCCCCAUCAUUAGCUUCAGCUUCAAUAAUUCCAAUGUCGGGUUUGACAGCUCCAAGUAAAGAAGGCAGUGUCGCGACUUCCCCCCCAC